UAAAUGUACUUAGUUACAUUCCACUACUUUAGGUUCAAUAAGUCAAACAAACACUGUACUAAACAAAAGCAAAUCAUUUCUCAGUGGUCACAGACAGCCUACAGGUAUAAAUAACACAAUAUAGACUCGCUGCCCCUGCCUGUGACUGGUAGGGAACUCUGGGUCUUUGAGACCAUGCAGGGGAGUGACGGUCCUCCAGGUGGGCUUCCUCCUCAACACAGCACGCAGUUGGAAAUGCACACAGAGCCGUGCACUGCCUUAGCCCGGAGGAGCCUCGGUCUCACAGCAGUGUGGUGGGAGGAUGAGGGAAGACAUGGGUGCGCACAUCUCCUGCAUGCGACGCACAGCCUGAAACUCAAUGCUGCUGCUGCUGCUGCUGUUAGACUUUCUAAUGCUACGGAGAAACUCACAAAUUUUGAGGCUUCAAGGAUGUUCUUCUCAGAUGGAACUGUCUCAGCCCUCAGUUAUGCGCUCCUGUUGGGAAUAACGUGUCUGACCGUCCUGUGCGACUUCACCAAGGGCUCUACAGACUUUUCAGGUUACUUGUCCAAAGUGUUGAGGAACUACACCGAGCAGGCCUGUGACGGAGACUUCCUGUCUGUUCGCUGCCCGCCCCGCACCACCAUCACCGUCCAAUCAGCUUUCUAUGGAAGGAGAGGUGCCUCCGACCCCCAGCAGUGCCCUCAGACCUACCAGGCCCUCCUAAGUUCGUAUAACGCUCAGGAGGAUGACCGAUAUUGUUCUGUGUCCACUGCACUACAGAAAAUGCUGGACGAGUGCCAAGACAGAAGGAGCUGUCAAGUCCUUGUCAACAGCCGCGUGUUUGGGACAGACCAGUGUCCUGGCAGCAGUAAAUACCUCAUUGUCCGGUACAAAUGCAGACCUAACGAGUAUAAGAGUAAGGUGGUCUGUGAGGAGGAGAGGAUGAGGCUGAGCUGCAAACGGGGUAUGCAGAUCGCUGUUUACUCCGCCAUGUUUGGCCGAACUCAACAGGGCACCCUGGAGUGUCCCCUGCACUACAGGAGAGCUCCGUCAGUAGACUGCCAAUCGCCUGUGGCUCUGCAGAUUCUCACCACCCACUGUCAGGGCAAGAAGUCUUGUCUCGUUCGAGCCUCCACCAGAGACUUUGGAGAUCCCUGCUACUCUGGCACCAGGAAGUACCUCAGUGUCAUCUACACCUGUGUCCCAAAGAAGUUGCUCCAGGACCAGAACCCCAGACCACCGGUGUACGCCCCGCCACCCAGCGCCCAUGACCCCAACAUAGUGGGAGACAGCCCUCCUGAGGGGACCUCCAUCAAAAGCCCUGACACUGUUCCAGAUAGGAAGCGGAUCAGGGAGACAAACCCCAACGAGGAGAAGUCUUCAGAAACCGGAAGAGGAGGGGAACAUCCACUCCAGCCCCCAGCCAUGAAUCCCAUCUUCAAUUCCACCCCUAGCUCCAACAUGGCUCUCAUCAGCAACGCGCUGGCAGCCUACACCUACAUAUCAGACCACCCAGAGAGGGCAGCACUCUUCUUCGUCUGUGGCGUGUGUUUGGGCCUCUUCCUCACACUCUUCGCCCUGGUGGUCCAGAUCUCCUGCCGCACCGACUGCCAGCCCCGCCAGCGGCCUCCUGCCAAGAAACGAGCACGCCCCGCUGACUCGUCCUCCGAUUCCAGUGACUCGGACUCGGACUGGGACACCACCUCAGACCUGUCUGCACGGCGGCACCGACGCUUCGAACGCACGCUUAACAUGAACGUGUUCACGUCGGCGGAAGAGCUGGAAAGAGCUCAGAGGUUGGAGGAGAGGGAGAGAAUCAUCAGAGAGAUCUGGAUGAACGGGCAACCUGACAUCCCCGGGACACGGAGCCUCAAUCGGUAUUACUGAGGUCUAUUGAUUGAGAGCUUACUUAACUUGAACAAAAUUUAGGACGUACUUGGUUUGGAAGGAGCAAGAGACUACUCCCUAGUGAAGCUUUAUGCAACAGCAACUGUGGACCACUCUGAUUUUGGGCUGCCCCUAUGCUAGUUUGCAUAUUCCUCUGGGUAUUAUACCCCAUUCAGUAAGAGAAUAAGCUCUCCUCCGCAUGGUAAGCUCACCUCUUAGCUGGCUCUUACUGCCGGAAACAAGGGGUGAAAAGCUACACUGCCUUGCCCGUGACCUCAGCAGGCCUUUUUGAAGUGAGGAUUUAUGGGUUAGCUGCCUUAGACACAUAUAGGCCUGUAGAGACUACAUGGUGACUGAAGGACCAAGGCCUCACAUGGGUCUGUUUUAUACAGAGUGCGAUGCAGCUGUGGACACUUGGAGCUUUAUGCUCAGUACCCUCCAGUAUUCAAGUGGAGACUUUUAAAAGAGGGGCAGCAUAAAGCAGAAAGAAGCGUGCUGGACAGUGGGACAAUGUAAGACAAUCUUUCCACAGUGGAUAACCAUGCUGCCUUUUGAACUUUAUAAAACCAAAAGAUAUUUUUUUGGGAAUUCAUCUCAACUCUUAUGAAAUCUAUUUUAUAAUAUUUAAUAGUUUAUUGAUGUUGUGUAUUUUUGUUCUCAAGUAUGGUUUAUUAUGAGAUAUUUUUAUACUUGGCGAAGGUUGUCUGGCGCCUCAGGGAUGCAAUCCUAGUGUUUCUGUGUUUGGUUGAUGUAUUUGCUUCCUAAGAAGGGGAUCAGCCCAUUUAAACAGCUACGUAUGUCAGCAUUUAAAGAAAAGAAUUAGAAAUAUCAUAUAAAGAGCCUCAAAGAGGUUCAGUGAUUUAACCUUAUUUUUGAUACAGUAUGUUUAAUUCACAGUGCAGUGCCUUUUCAAGCUACUAAGUCACUGUUGUCAAGAGUGCAGCUGGUGUAUAAGUCAAUAACUGGUCCAAUGAUCUAUUGAUUGGAAAUUUGAAAUUUAUCUGAUCAUGUGUGUAUUCACUUUUUCCAUUAUUGUUUCUAUGCUAAAGUCUAAAAUCUGAAUGUCUCUAUCAAACAUUGCACUUCAUUUCUCACCAGAUGUAAAUGUAUUUAACCAGACCAUGCUAGUUAUGUAUCAGUUAAUCAGCUACAAUGGAUUCUUGUGGUCCUAACUGCUAGUAAAGUUCCCCUCACAGAAAACUGUGUUAGUUUCAGAUCUUGUGUCAUCUGUGCCCUUCUUUUUUUUUUUUUUUUUUAAAGAUGUCAGUGCUAAACAGAUGUUUGUGGUAAUCACUGCUCAUGGCCAUCUGGAGAAGGAACCAGCACUGCAAGAAAAGGUUCACAGUGGACAUGCAAACUGCGUCUCUUAAAUCAUGUUGCCAGUUAAAUAAUAUAAGCUAUUUUAAAUCCAGUUCUGUUUGCGCUGCCCUGGAUUCAAGCGUAGAAAUAAUGAUAGUUUUCAUUAAAAAAAAAGCUUGGUAUUUUCCUGAUUGGGAGUUUAAUUGAGAGUACACAGGACAUAUUAGGGUCAUCCACAUAAAGACUGCCUCUCUAUAUAGUUUUUAUAAGGACAGUUCUUGUGUUUAAAUUUGAAUGGGAUUAAAAAUGUGCCAAUAGCUGGUAAAAUGAGACCAAAAUAUGACUCCUGUGCUUGGAAUAAACUGUGUUCAAAAAUAA